AUGGUUCCAUCUAAUUACAAUAGUACCCUCGGAUGCGGUCUUAUUGAUUUUAUGUCUCUUAACAACUUUAGUCAAUUUAACAACAUACCAAACAGUGACGGCAGAUACUUAGAUCUCAUUAUGAGCAACUUUCCCGGUGUUGAUGUCUCGGAGCCUCUAGAACUCUUGAGUAGGCUGGACUGUAAACAUCCUAAUCUUUUAGUAACAUUGCAAAAAACAAAUUUCCAGCCUAAGAAACGAACUGACCACAAUUUCUAUAGGGCAAAUUACGAGGAAAUUGCCUCGGACCUGGAGUGUAUAGAUUGGGUAGAGAGGUUUUCGAGCUGUAGCAACGCCAAUGAAAUGGUUACAAAAUUCUAUGAUGAGCUAAGAUUAAUUAUUGAUAGAUCUGUCCCCAAGCGCCGUCCUUCCAAGAGUAAAAACCACAAAUGGUUUAGCCGCACCCUAAUUAAACUUCUCUCUGAGAAAAAUAAGCUACGCAACAGAUAUCGGAAAUAUGGUAAUCCACGUGACAAAUUUGAACAUGACCUCUUACGGAGCCGCUGUCAUAAGCUUAUUGACAAGUGCUAUAGUGACAAAUAUUGA